AAAAUGUCUGAGGAGUCCGGAACCGUUCCACUGCCUUCCUGGUUGAAAGCCGAUCUCUUCGAGAAACUGCUAAGUGAGCGGUUCGGGGAUGAAUAUUUGGCCAUCAGGAGCUUCAAGCCGGUCGCUGGACUCCAGCCCGGCGAAAACUACUCCACCAUAAUGCUCCGCCUACACUUCGAAGUGGAACUGAAGGAUCACUCCACCGAAAAUGUAAGCUUCAUGUUGAAAACGCCCCACGACUUUGAGAUGUAUCGGGAGAUCCUGAAGAAGAACAACAUGUUUGUCGUGGAGCGCGAUGUUUUUCUUCAGGUAAUCCCAGAGCUGGAGAAGAUGUACAAGGAUGCCGGCCUGGACAUCAAGUUCGGCGCCAGAGCCUACGAAAUCGCAGCCCCCGAUGAGUACGUCCUGUUGCAGGACCUGAAGCCAUUAGGCUUUAAGAAUGUCGAUCGUUUGGAAGGCCUAGACAUGGCCCACACCAAGUGUGUGCUUAAGAAACUGGCCCAGUUUCAUGCUGCGUCCGCCAAUAGGCUGCAUGUCAAGGGACCCUACACCCAGAAAUACUUGCAGCCCACCUAUGCUGAUAGCAUGAAGGAGUCUAUCGAACAGGUGGCGGAAACUUUGGGAAAGUACCUCCUAAAGUGCUUACCUCUUUAUGAAGGCUACGAAGAGUUUAGUGAAGCUGUGCACAAAAUUCAGCCCAAAAUUGUGGACCUCAUGUACUCCAUGAACACCCCUGAUCCAGACGACUUUGUUGCUCUCAACCACGGCGACUGUUGGACCAACAACAUCAUGUUCCGCUACGAGGAAGAGUCUCCGGCACCUGUAGAGACCUUCCUGGUGGAUCUUCAGUUACCAAAGUUGGCCAGUGUAGCCCACGAUCUGAUGUAUUUCUUGCUUGGUUCGACGAAAUUCGAAAUUCAGCUGAGUAAGUUCGAUUACUUUAUCAAGUACUACCACGAUCAGCUGAUCGAGCACCUGGAGCUGUUGAAGUACCCGGCGGAGAAGACGCCCUCUCUGAGGUUCCUGCACUCCCAGCUGCUGAAAUACGGAUGUGUUGGCUAUCACACUGUUUUGAUGCUCUGCCCCCCGGUUUUGUUGGAUCGCACCGACGAAGCUAAUGUCAAGGACUUUGUGACGGAAUCGGAAAAUGGCGAUGGUCUCAAAAUGGCCAUGUAUUCCAAUGCGCGUUACAAGAAGCAUGUUAGCGCUAUCCUAACCUGGCUAAACAAUCGUGGUGCUUUGCAGUAAAUACCACUCCAAAUAAAUCACAAUUUUCAAAUAAACUAACAAAACCUCAAAAUAUUUCAAA